CUCAUAAAGCUGGAGAAGUCGUUGCUUUGGACACCAAAGCAAACACUGGAGAAAGCCAAAUAUGUUUGCUGAGUUGGAUUAAGUGGAAAGCAUUAACAUUUCUUAAAAUAGAUCUUUGCAGCAGCUCAAUCUGUAGGCUGCUUUACGCCAGCACUCCGUGCAGCCACAGUCCCUGUUCCACUCAACAAAUGAAAUCUUCUGAAGCCCAAGGUGCGUGUUGGAGAGGAGAAAUCCCAACGCGGAGCGGUUAGUUCGUUCGGGCGCGCAUCUAGAUGUGAAAGAAAUGAGUGUGAAGACCACCAUGACUAACCAGGAGAAGUGGAUCACCCUGAGCCCUGCAGAAUUCUCCCAGCUACAGAAGUACGCCCAGUACUCCACAAAGAAACUUAAAGAUGUUCUAGAAGAAUUCCAUGGCGCUGGUACACUUGUGAAGUAUAAUCCAGAGCAGAAGCAGGAUGUUCUUAGUCAACCGAUAGACUUUGAUGGCUUCAAGCUGUUUAUGAAAACAUUCCUGGAGGCUGAGUUGCCUGAUGAUUUCUGUCAGCAUCUAUUCAUGUCAUUCAAGAACAAGUCCUCCCUUCCAAGCCCUUCUUCACAGGCAAGAAAUUCCAGCAGUUCCCCACUCCAUGCAGGAGGAUUGGAGAACUCUGAAACAAAAAGUGAGCUACAGAUGAUCAAAGGAAUCCCAUCCCCUUCUGUAACAUCAUCCCUUGCCAGCAACGAUGAGUCCGAUGUGGUUCAGUUGAAGGAUAUCGUUUGCUACCUGUCAUUACUAGAAGGAGGACGACCUGAGGACAAGCUAGAAUUUAUGUUCCGCCUUUAUGACACUGAUGGAAAUGGAUCGCUUGAUAGCUCGGAGCUUGACCAGAUCAUCAGUCAGAUGAUGCAUGUAGCAGAAUAUCUUGAAUGGGAUGUGACGGAACUCAAACCAAUUCUGCAGGAGAUGAUGGAUGAGAUCGAUUAUGACCAUGAUGGCACAGUGUCCUUGGAAGAAUGGAUUCAGGGAGGAAUGACCACAAUCCCACUUCUUGUUCUCUUGGGUCUGGAAACGAAUGUGAAGGAUGAUGGGCAACACGUGUGGAGACUGAAGCACUUUAACAAACCUGCUUACUGCAAUCUCUGUUUGAAUAUGCUGAUUGGUUUUGGCAAGCAAGGCCUCUGCUGCUCCUUUUGCAAGUAUACAGUUCAUGAGCGUUGUGUGGCCAGAGCCCCACUAUCCUGCAUUAACACCUAUGUCAAGUCAAAAAAGAAUGCUACUGUAAUGCAUCACUUUUGGGUGGAGGGAAACUGCCCAAAAAAAUGUGACAAGUGCCAUAAAGCCAUCAAAUGUUAUCAAGGACUUACAGGUCUUCACUGUGUAUGGUGUCAGAUCACUCUCCACAACAAGUGUGCUUCACACGUGAAACCUGAAUGUGAUUGCGGACCACUGAAAGAUCAUAUCUUACCACCAUCUUCGAUUUGUCCCAUUGUACUGGAAAGGCAAUCUACUGUGAAGAAAAGAGAUGAUAGUUCCCUACAAAUGAAAAAAUCAGAGGAGCGCACCAAAAUUCAACGAGCUAACUCUGUCACUGUGGAUGGACAGGGACUGCAGAUCACACCGAUUCCAGGCACGCAUCCACUUCUGGUGUUUGUGAACCCGAAAAGUGGUGGAAAGCAGGGAGAAAGAAUCUUCAGAAAAUUCCAGUUUCUUCUGAAUCCACGCCAGGUUUACAACCUUGCCAGUAGUGGACCAAUGCCAGGGUUAAACUUUUUCCGAGAUGUUCCAGACUUUAGAAUCUUGGCUUGCGGUGGAGAUGGAACAGUUGGAUGGAUCCUAGAUUGCAUAGACAAAGCAAGUUUGCCUCAACAUCCUCCAGUGGCAGUUCUUCCACUUGGAACUGGCAAUGAUUUGGCAAGGUGUCUUAGGUCAGGCGGAGGUUACGAAGGGGAAAGUCUGAUGAAGAUAAUUAAAGAUAUUGAGAACUGCUCAGUGGUCAUGCUGGAUAGAUGGAAAAUUGAGGUGAUACCACAUGACAAAGAGGAAAAAGGAGACCCUGUACCUUAUACUAUUAUCAACAACUACUUUUCUAUAGGAGUGGAUGCAUCAAUAGCCCAUAGAUUCCACAUUAUGCGAGAAAAACAUCCCGAAAAGUUCAACAGUAGGAUGAAGAACAAAUUCUGGUAUUUUGAAUUUGGGACAUCUGAAACAUUCUCUGCCACUUGUAAAAGACUACACGAAUAUGUAGAGAUAGAGUGCAAUGGAAUUCUGCUGGAUUUGAGCAAUAUGCCCUUGGAGGGGAUAGCUGUUUUGAAUAUACCAAGCAUACAUGGUGGAUCAAACCUUUGGGGAGAGAGCAAAAAAAGACGAAGCUAUCAUCGAGGUAGUAAAAAAGUUCCAGAAAAACGGGCAACGGUUAUAGAUGCCAAAGAACUGAAAUUCUGUGUUCAAGAUGUAAGUGAUCAGCUAUUUGAAGUGAUUGGUCUGGAAGGGGCCAUGGAGAUGGGACAGAUCUACACUGGACUGAAAAGUGCAGGGAAGCGACUAGCCCAGUGCUCCCUGGUAACCAUCAGAACCAGUAAGUUCCUGCCAAUGCAGAUUGAUGGAGAACCUUGGAUGCAGACACCUUGUACAAUUACAAUAAGUCACAAGAACCAGGCUCCAAUGUUGAAGGCUCCACCUCCCAAGACUGGCUUUGUAUCUUCAGUCAUCAAGCGAACCAGGAACUAAGGAUAAGUUGGAAAAAAGAAACUACCCUCUUGAACAGUACUGUUUCUUUUAAAGUGAGAGCAAGGAAACACGGAAAUGAAAACUGAAAUUAGGAAUAAGUUGCAUUCUAUAAGGACCAGCUUUCAAUUUUACUCUGACUGUCGGGAAUCUCACCCACAGAAGCACAUAAUGGAAGUUCAGUCAUACCUUGGACAUGGUUUUCCUGUCUGGCCACAGUAAUAGUCAGAAAAUAAAUGGAAAACUCAUCCAAGGUUCCAAUAAACAUGAUUGACAGGAGGGGUUUCCCCUGAUUGCACAAAGUCAGAGAAAAUAUCCUCUAGACUGGGAUAGUGUAUACCAUUCAUUCACACAGUUGCGAUUGCUGUGAUUGAAUAUAAGACUUAAGUUGUGAAGGUUAACAGACAUACGUAACAUUGGUCUCCAGUUUAUGCAUGACAAGCAUUUAUCUUUUAUGGCCUAUGAGUUCAAAUUGCAUGAAUUGCAUUUAGGUUUACGCGUAGGCCUACAUUCCCUGCUUUUGUCUUUUGUGAUAAUUGGGAAUCAAUUUUUGGCUCAAAGCCAUUCGCUUCAGUAAAAGCUUUCCUGUGGUUAGGAUGGAGGUCUAAGGUGAUAGCAAUUACUGUCAUUAGCUUUUAAAGGAUAGCAAAGCCACAUAAAGCAGUUGUACUAUAUUAGUAAUAAACUUGUGUGAUAUUCCUUGGCCUAUAUUUAAAUUAAAGUGUUAGCUAAUGUCUUCAUGAAAAUAAAUGUUUGUCAUACAAAUACAUUUAUUAUUACUAAUACCAUAGCAAACAAAACUAUUUAAAAUUCUAGCAGCUAAUAAAAGUUAGAAAAAUCAUGUUGCAUAAAAUAUAAUGGGUAGUUCCUUCUGAGUUAUUUUGCCAGCCCCCUGAUUAUUCACUGCACUUCCGGGAUUUCGUGCCAACUGUAAUGGGAGUUGAGGGUGGGGAGGUGGGAAAUGACAGAGAGUCAGUAGAAUAUAUCCUAUCAAUUCUGCUGCAUUACUAUGCAAAUGAUAGAAAUUUAUCAUCGAACAUAAUUACUGUCACUUGCACUGUAAAAAUGCUGGGUGCCAGGUAUGAUAUAUUUCCAACUUCUUUGUUUUACAUGAUACUGUUGAGUGGAAUGGUUUAUUUGAAAAGACGGGGUGCAAAGAAAUAGAGCUGAAACAUGGAGUUCAGGAACAAGGUGUCAUUUAGCUAUAUGUACUUGGCGUGUGGAGCUACAUACCAAGAGGGCAAACUUGUAGUAUUGUCCAGAAAAAAAACUGACUGACAGAGAUAUCAAUAGAUUAAUUGAUUGGGCAAAAUUGUAGCAAAUGGAUUUCCUCAUAAGAAAAUGUGGCCCUGAACUUUUACUUAAGUAUGGAGACUUCACAAGGUAUCCAAACUUGGAGGCAGACUUUAGAUCUCAAAGUACCAUAGAAAUUGUUUUUGCUGAAAAGGGGGUUUGGAGAUAAGAAACCUGAACUUGAAGGACCAUUUAAGCUCAAUGCUGAGUUCAGGUAGACCAGGUUUUUACUGGAAGACUUGGUGUGGAAGUUACAAAUCUUCAGUAGUCUGUAUGACUUAUUUUAAGUGUGAAUGAGAUCCAUAGAAAUUUCAAACUGUCCAAUUAUUUAAAUAUCCAGCUACGUAAAAGUUGAUUUACAGAAAGGAAAAAAAACAUACUUCAGUUGAGAAACGUCCAUUCUCGCAAUUUCAAAAGCCUUUUGUUGACAUUGCCCUAAGUGCCCUAACUACAGCACUAUUAAUGCUUGAGUGUUUUCUGUAACCUGUGAUUGUUCCACUGAUAUUGAAGAAUUUGGUAUCUUUGAUUCGGGGUUAUGGACAUAAAACUUUUAGAUGGAACUAAUUACUGAUCUAAAAGUACAGAUGCAUCAUUUUUUUAUAUAGUGAAGUUGUUGAUAGAUAUUUAGAAUUUUAUUUUAGCUCAUCUUAUGUUUCCUAAGGUCUGCCCAUUGUGGAUGCAGGGUGAAUUGUAUAGGGACUGUAACAGAUCAUGGGACUGAAUAGGGGAACUAAGUUUGCAUAGAAACUUUAAGAAGCCAAAAGGACAGGUUAAAGGGCAUGUAUUGGCAUGAGUUAGCACGUAGGAGCAAACAGUAUGGCUGGGGAGGGCUGAGGAAUAAGAACUGAAUGGUUGAAUGUUUAGGAAACAGCUGGAUGAUUUUCCAAGAGACCAAGGUAGAUCUGUUACCUCGUGCACCAUGCUAUUUGACAGCAUCCAUCCUGCACCCCCCCCCCCCC